AUGUCAGAGGCGAUGCAGCCGGGCGACGAAUUCCACCAGAAUGGUAACGAAGCACACACAGAAGAAUCCACUGAUCAACAAAUGGCUGUUAAUGGAGAGGAAGAUGGAGAUGACGAUAGAAAAAUUUUUGUUGGGGGCUUGAGCUGGGAAACAACAACAAAAAAUCUGCAGGAGUAUUUUGAAAAGUAUGGUGUAGUGACCAACUGCACAUUGAAAACUGACUUGGAGACGAAGAAAUCUCGAGGCUUUGGAUUUGUGGUGUUUGCAGCAGCUGAGACACUAGACAAGGUGUUUGCAGAGAAGGAGCAUACAUUACAUGGCAGGACAAUAGAUCCCAAACGUGCCAACCCCAGGCCAGUCAACAAAAAAGUGUUUGUGGGCAGGCUGGACCCAGCAGUGACAGAAGAGCAAGUGAAAGCUUACUUUGAAUCAUUCGGUCCAGUGGAGAAGAUUGAUCUUCCAUUUGACAAAACAAAGGAACAGAGAAGAGCUUUCUGUUUUGUUGAGUUCAAAAACGUUUCUGGCAUGAAAAAAUGCUUGGAACAAAGCACACACAAAAUUGGAAAACAAGAGGUUGAGGUGAAGAAAGCCACACCUCCUGUUGGUGCCGCCAACCUGAGAGGUGCCCCCAGAGGUCGGGGCUUUGGUCCAGCUGUUAGAGGAGCUCGCGGAGGCCGAGGUGGUUUCCAAGGUGGCUACAGCUAUAACCAGGGCUAUGGUGGAUACCCUAGUUAUGGAGGUUACGGUUACGACCAAGGUUACGGCUAUGGAGGCUAUGGCGGGGACUAUUACAGUGGUUACGGCUACGGUGGCUGGAAUGGUGGAUAUGAUCAAGGUUAUACAUAUGGUUAUGGAGGUUAUGAUGAAUGGGGCUACCCACAGACAGGAGGUCAAUCAUAUUAUGGUAAAGUACAAAAGAAAGGUGCCAGUCAUGGAGGCUAUCAUCCUUACAGUCGCUAG